GGGUAAAGUUGUAUGGUGUAGCCUGACAUUCCCAAUACCUUCCCAUCGCGCCUGUUCCAUGAUCUCUCUUUAGCAUCAUUGGCGUUCCUUAUCACUGUGUAUAUGAUUUCCAAUUAUUAACUUCUUGCGAUUCAUAUUAUUAUUCCCAUUCCUACUGCGAGUUCUCGCUGUCUCUUGCCGCCAAUUGAGACUUCCGAUGGAUCAGCCGGCGGCUAAGAAAAGAAGGCUGGCUCCUAAGAUCGAUGCUCAAGCUAGUCCUCCCCAUCCGCUUCCUUUUCCUCCCGAACCUGCUCAGCCCGCGCAACCACAUUACCAAAUAUCCGAGGCGCUUCCACCGCCCCCUCCUCCAGAGAGACAUGAAUUCGAAUCCUUCGCGAGGCAUCUCCAGGAUGCCGCUAUGCUUAUAUAUGGACAAACACAAAAGUCGCCCUAUAAUAAGGCUUCCGUACUUAUCCUGCGGUGGGAAGACGACAGUACCGUCGAACACGACCUCGUCGCUUUCGAGCAAGUCCUUCGCGAUCGAUAUAAUUACCGCACCGAACGUUUCGAUAUACCUACGAGCCCCAAUCCUAGCGUUAAGUUGGGUGUUCGAAUGUCGUCUUUCCUAGAGAAUGCGGCGUCCGACCAUCUCAUGAUAAUAUACUACGCGGGGUACGCUUACGUAGGAGUGGAUAACCAAAUUUAUUGGGCAAGCGCAUCGAGCAAAAAUUCGAAGUUGAAAUGGAAUGGGUUUCGCUGUCUCUUCGACGAGGCGCAAUCCGACAUACUUUUACUUCUUGAUACCUGUGCCACACCAGAACCGCCGACACCCGAUAAGAGCAGUAUUAAGCAAGUUAUUGCAGCGAGCACCCCCGAGCAUUAUUCUAAGGAUUCUAACUUACGAUCAUUUACAUCUCAUGCCACAGAAGCACUUGCUAAGUUUAGUGCUGGUAGACCAUUUACACCUGAACAUUUAUAUCACGAAGUUGCUUAUCAGAGGCAACAAGAAUUGAUACAAGCAUCGGGUUUAACUAAUGGGGCCAGCAAGAGUAUACUAUUUACUGAAAAGCUACCUGUGAUAUAUCAUAUAAAUUCAGGCAAAAGCCAAGGUAUACCCUUGGCUCCUCUUCUACGAGCUGAGGCGCAGUCGCGGUCCCCGCAAGUGGGCAUUAACGGGGAUGCCCAGCUACUGAGAACGCCCCAAGGAGAACCUAUUAUCCACCCAAGCGCAGUCGCCGAUUUGAUAUUUGACGAACCGAGGGUUUUGGUAUGCACGACUUUUGUUGGCGAAGCCAGUCCCGACAUGUCUUCAUUUAAUCAUUGGCUUCAUAAUACUCCAGCGAUUGCUUCGAAAAUUGCCGUAGAAGGCAUAUUCCUCGGACCACCUACAAUGUUGCUUAUAUCAAUGCCAGUUCCAGUCUGGAAUGUUGUUCAGCAUGAUAAAGUCUGCUGCUUCUUAGGAUAUGUGAACUCUCAUAAUAUGACGCAUCUUUAUAAUCGAUUGGUGAGAUCCGCUUCUGUCAAUAAGGCGUCGGCGAAGGAUAUGGAGGACGGAUGGAUGCUUCUUGAGGCUCGGGAGGUGGCUGUGAAUACAACACCAAUUGCUCGCCGGCACGAACUUCCUACCCAUACACACGCUCAAUUACGCCCAGAAACACCAAUUCGUUCCGAAAGCAUGGGAAGGAUUGAACAGACGAACUUACCCCAAUCAUCUACUUCUAAUAUGCCAUAUACCAACUUGACACCUAGCAACACCAUACCGAAUAAGAACGAGGUUGAGGAUUCGGCUGAGAUGCAGGAAGCCGCUGAGCAGCUUAAGCUUCUCAGCCACGUCCGACAUCUAAGUAACGACAACGGUUCUAGUGCACAUUCACGAUCAAAACAUGGGGAUCAUACAGUACCCAAUAAACAUGACGAAAAUUCAUCACAUGAAUCUGGAGCAGACGAAACACCAUAUAAUCUCGAAUUUACACCAUCGGCACGGCCUAAACAACAGCGUCGGUCAGUCCAGAAACAAACACCGAAACAAGAAACUCGCUGUAGUCAUUGUAGUCAUGCUCCCUUCAAAGAUUAUUCGUCAUUACGUAAACAUAUCGCUGCCGCUCAUACUCGACCAUUUCCUUGCGCUUUUGCUUUUGCUGGUUGCACAAGCACAUUUGGAUCUAAAAAUGAGUGGAAAAGACAUAUCGCUUCACAACAUUUAUGUCUACAAUAUUAUCGAUGCUCAGCCUGUCCACAGAGUACAGUUGAGGGUAAAGGUAACGAAUUUAAUCGCAAGGAUCUAUUUACGCAACAUCUCCGCCGGAUGCACGCCCCUUUUGCUAUUAAGAAGGCCAUUGCUAAGGGUGAUAGUAAAUUACAAGGGGAUUGGGAAUCGCAUGUUAAAGACAUGCAACAGACAUGUCUUGUUACGAGAAGACAGCCUCCACAGAGAUCCUCUUGUCCCAAGCCGGACUGCGCGAGUGUUUUUGAAGGACCCACCUCUUGGGAUGAAUGGACUGAACACGUCGGUAGACAUAUGGAGAAGGGCGAAGCGGGCCGGCUUGGCGUUGACAGCAUGUUGGCAAAAUGGGCCCUAGAUGAGGGUAUAAUCGAGCGUAAAGACGGCAGUGAAUAUCGACUCUGUACCGGAACCAGCGCCAAUGCCGAGCGAGACUCGACCGGCAACAAUGCUGGGUAUCAAUCGGACGGAAAUAAGCGAGAUAAAGACCGAGACCGGGACGGUCGAGACCAUGAUCGAGACCGAGAUCAAGAUCAAGAUCGGAACGGAGAUCGGGACCAAGAAGACCGCACGAUAGUAGCUGCAAGCACAAUGGUGGAUAAAAUGGACGUGGACGAAUGACAUUUAGGUAUAUCUUAAGGGCUCUACACAUAUAAACCAAAACAUACAGAAGAGGGAAAAAAAACAAAUCAAAAUUUAACCCGGGAGCGCAUUAUGG